AUGCGUGCCAUCCAGCUCUCCGAAUACGUCAAGGGCCCCCUCGACCUCAAAGUCGACGACCUCCCCACCCCCUCGCCCGCACCAGACAAAUACCUCAUCGAAAUCCACUCCGCCGGCACAAACUUCUUCGACCUGCUGCAGAUCCAGGGCAAAUACCAGCACCAGCCGGCGUUCCCAUGGAUCUCCGGCAUGGAAUUCGCUGGCACGAUCCUCGCCACGCCCACAGAUUCCAAAGCCGCCAACAGGUAUAAAGUUGGUGACAAGGUGUUUGGCGCCAAUCAAGGCGCAUAUGCCACACACAUUCUCGCACCAGAAGUAGCACUCUUCCCGGUCCCGUCGGGCUGGAGCUUUGAAGAUGCCGCGGGCCUGUUUGUGACCGCGCCGACAUCUUAUGGUGGGUUGGUCACGCGCGCCAACGUCCAGCCCGGCGAAUGGGUUCUUGUACACGCAGCAGCAGGCGGCGUCGGGCUCGCCGCCGUGCAAAUCGCAAAGGCAAAAGGCGCCACGGUGAUCGCGACAGCAGGCACAGAACGCAAACGCAGUAUCGCGCGCGAGUUUGGCGCGGACUAUGUCAUUGACUACCGCAACGACAAAUGGCCCGACGAGGUGAAGCGAAUCUGCAAGGAGAAACGCACCGGCAACGGACGCGCUGGCGUGGAUAUCGUCUACGAUCCUGUGGGGAUGAUCGACCAGAGUCUCAAGUGUGUGGCCUGGAAUGCACGUUUACUUGUGAUUGGGUUUGCGGCGGGCAAGAUUGAAAAAGUCGCGCUGAAUCGUGUGCUGCUCAAAAAUGUUAGUCUGGUGGGAUUGCAUUGGGGCCAGUAUGCCAAUUUCGAGACCGAAACGGUGGGUGUUGUGUGGAAGGGGAUUUUCGAUCUUAUUGCGCAGGGGAAGUUUAAAGGUAUUACGUUCAAGGAUGAGACGUUUGUUGGGCUGGACAGUGUCCCGCGAGCGCUCAAGGCGCUGGGGAGUCGAGAUACAUGGGGGAAAGUGGUUGUCAAGGUUAUUGACGAGAAGAGCAGGCUGUAG